AUGCAACUGAACAACCUUCUCGUCACCACUGCUCUGUCUUUCAGCAUGGCCUCUGCAUACGGCGUCGGGAACCCCGGCAGCACAUGCACACAGGGCGGAUUCCACUGCAACCCUUACGAGAAGCCCAAUGGCGUUACCUAUCAAAACGCCUGGUGUCCUAGCCAGUGCGACCCACGAGACGGAAGGAAGGACCCCAAGGGCUGCAACUGGGCGACUUGCGACAAGCAGACCCCGAAUCCGAACAACUAG